GAUCGCCAUGGUAACGUGACGCACUUCUACGAGCGUGACUGCUCCGUGCAGCGUCGUCAUCAGAAGGUCAUCGAAUUGGCCCCGGCGCCCUAUCUCGACCCGAAAAUUCGUGAGAGCAUCCUCGCGGAAGCUGUCCGUCUUGCCAAGUUUGCCGGGUAUGAGAACGCAGGAACUGUGGAAUUUCUGCUGGAUCAGAAGUCGGGCAAAUACUACUUCAUGGAAGUAAAUGCUCGGCUGCAAGUGGAACACACCGUCUCCGAGGAGAUCACGGGCGUUGAUCUGGUUCGCACACAGAUCCGUGUUGCCGAGGGUGCCUCACUGAAGGAACUGGGUCUGCAACAGGAGAACGUGCACUCCAAUGGCUUCGCUAUCCAGUGCCGAGUUACCACCGAGGACCCCACUAAGAACUUCCAACCGGAUUUGGGCAAAAUUGAGGUCUACCGUGGCGCCGAGGGCAUGGGCGUCCGUGUUGAUUCGGCGUUUUCAGGCGCUGGUGGUGUGAUAUCGCCCUUCUAUGACUCCCUCAUUGUGAAGCUGAUCACACACGCGGACACCUUCCAAACCAGCGCCAUCAAAAUGCAACGUGCUCUCAAAGAAUUCAGAAUCCGCGGUGUUCAUACAAAUAUUCCAUUCCUGCAAAAUGUCCUCAAAAGCAACGACUUCCUCAACGGUGCUGUGGACACCUCCUUUAUCCCUAAUCACCCCGAGACCCUGCAGAUAACCCCGCCUAAAAACCGGGCGCAAAAACUCCUCAAAUACCUCGGCGAGGUAAUGAUCAACGGUCCACUCACGCCCCUGGGCACCCCACUGAAACCCGCCGAGGUCACCCCAACCGUUCCACCGAUUGAACCCAACAAGCCAACCCCCUACGGUUUCAAGGAUGUUCUGAGAGAAAAGGGUCCAGAAGGUUUCGCAAAAGCCGUUCGUGAGCAUAAGGGUCUUCUGAUGAUGGACACCACUAUGCGCGAUGCACAUCAAUCCCUCUUGGCCACCAGAGUUCGAACGCACGAUCUCCUUCGCAUUUCUCCCUUCGUUUCUCAGAAGUUGCCUCAAUUUUACAGCCUCGAGAACUGGGGCGGCGCUACAUUUGACUCCAGCAUGCGUUUCCUCCAUGAGUGCCCUUGGGAACGACUGGAGAAACUCCGUGAACUGAUUCCCAACAUUCCCUUCCAAAUGCUCUUACGUGGUGCUAAUGCAGUCGGCUAUACAAACUACCCGGACAAUGUUGUGUACAAGUUCUGCGAUCUGGCUGUGAAGUCCGGCAUGGACGUCUUUCGCGUCUUUGACAGUCUUAACUACCUCCCUAACCUCUUCGUUGGCAUGGACGCGGUUGGCAAAGCUGGCGGCGUCAUUGAGGCCUCCAUCUGCUACACCGGUGACAUCUGCAAUCCUAAACGACCCAAGUACAACCUCAAGUACUACCUUGACUUGGUAGAUCAGAUCGUAAAGGCAGGAACCCAUAUUCUGGCAAUCAAAGACAUGGCCGUAGCCAGCAUGAUCGCGGCUGCAGAGGCCGGCUGUGACGUCGUAGAUGUCGCAAUCGACUCCAUGUCAGGUAUCACCAGCCAGCCGAGUAUGGGAGCUGUCGUGGCGGCACUGCAGAACACCCCCCUGGACACCAAGAUGGAUCCAGAGUCACUGUUCGCCUAUUCAGCCUACUGGGAACAAGCACGUACGCUCUACCGACCUUUCGAGUGCACAGCGACCAUGAAGACCGGCAAUGCCGACGUCUACAUCAACGAAAUCCCCGGAGGCCAAUACACCAACCUCCAAUUCCAGGCCUUCUCUCUUGGUCUGGCUGACCGAUUUGAGCAGGUGAAGAAGAGGUACGCGGAAGCGAACAUGCUCCUCGGCGACAUCAUCAAGGUGACACCGUCCUCAAAGAUCGUUGGUGACUUGGCUCAGUUCAUGGUGCAAAACAAACUCAGCGCCCAGGACGUGUUAGACCGCGCGGACAAAAUAUCCUUCCCAAAAUCGGUUGUCGAAUUCUUCGAAGGCAUUAUCGGAUUCCCUCAUGGCGGAUUUCCAGAACCCCUUGCUACCAAGGUGCUCAAAGGGAAGAAGCAACUCACGGAGCGAGCUGGCAUUUCCAUGAAACCCUUGGACUUCAACAAAAUUAAAUCGGAUCUCAAGGCGAAAUAUUCACGCGACUUCGAUGAUAAGGAGGUCAUCUCGGCAGCUCUCUACCCGAAGGUCUUUGACGACUUCACUGCUUUCCGGGAGAAGUAUGGCCCCGUCGACAAACUGGACACUGGAGCCUUCUUCGUCGGACCUAAUGUUGGCAAGGAGUUUGAUGUGAGUUGGCCAAUCGUUGCUUUCUACUGA